UCCCCCUCUCUCUCUCUCGUCCCCCUCCAUUCGGAAGAGGGGUUUGAGCCUUGGAGGCCUCUCCGAAGCGUUCCCUCUCUCGAGGUUGCGUGCCUUCGGCGGUUAUCCUCGCUAUUGCGCCCCAACGGCCAACCUUUUAGGUCGGAUUUCUCCAACUUAUCUUAGCUAGAAAGAGAUCGUCGAUCAGAUUGGGUCCAAAUUGGGGGAAAACCUAGGUUUUGGUCGUGAUUUGUUAGGCGAUUUCCAUCAAGUCUUUUAUUCUUAUUCGGAUUUAAAGAUUCUUUUAGAUCAUGUAGGGUUUGUUGGAGUAAUUCAUCCACUUCUUGUUUAUUUGAUUAGUUUUUUUUGGUCUCUAUAUCUCUUCGGAUUCGAGAUUCCGGAACAAGAUUCUCAGUGAUAUUUUUGGUUGCUAAAUUUUUUUUUUCUGCCAUCAAAAAUUGAGGGUUUCCUUGGGUGAUUUAGGGUUUUCAAUUUUGAUCGCUCCCAAUUAUAGAAAAAGAUCAAUUUUUUUAUUAGAAAGCGAGCAAAAAAAUACAGGAUUGGAGUGGCUUUUCCAUUGGAUUUCUUUUUCCUUUCUUGGUGAAUUUGGGGUUUUGUGUAGGGGAGGAUGGCCCUAAAUUCCACACCUAAGUCCUCCUUCACCAUCCCAACCCAUUCCGAGAAUAAUAUUUGGUUAGACUGGGAGAUCAAUGGUAUUUCUGGUUAUGAAGGAAAUAAUGGGUGGUCUGAUGGUGAUGAUUCAUAUGAUCCAGUCGACCUGUUGCCAGCUGAUCCUUUUGGGAUGGACAGCGAUACCUUCACUGCUGUAAUCGCAGGAAUUUUUGAAAAUUGUGAGCUGGGUGAUGAGGAAUUUUUUGUGGGCUGUGAUUAUGUUUGGAAUUGUUCCUUGAUGGAUUCUUCAGGAUCCCGGUUGAAUUCUGAUGAUGAAUAUGAUGGUUGGGAAGAGGUGAGCUUCUCAGAGUUUUAUAGUUAUGAAUCCACUGUGGGGGAACUCAUGUCCAGCUUGGACGUUGAGGAGGCUUUCAACUCUAGCAGGGCUGAUGUAGCUGACUUUGGUGGAGAGGAGCACUCUCCUCAUGAGGGUUUGGUUCUUGCUCUUGGGCACUUAGGGGUUCAGGAUCUCCUCUCCGUUGAAAUGGUGUGCAGAUCUUUUCGUUUUGCUGUUCGAAAUGAUCCACUUCUGUGGAGAUGCAUCCACAUUGAUUCACAGUUGAGUGAGAGGAUCACUGAUGUUGCUCUACUGCAGUUGACGCAUAGAGCUCAGGGAAAUUUGCAGUGCCUGAGCCUCGUGGGGUGCUCGAGGAUCACAGAUGAUGGAUUAAGGUGCGUGCUUCAAAGCAACCCAAGGCUCACUAAGAUUAGCGUACCUGGAUGUGUGAUGCUCACUGUUGAGGCUCUCAUCGACAACUUAAAGGCUUUGAAGUCCUCAGGUGUGUUGAGUUUAAAGCAACUAGAACUUGGUAGGCUUUUCAAAAUAACAAACAAGCACUAUGAAGAACUGAAGACAUUAUUAGGUGUAGACCAACUCCAGCAUCCUGAAAUUCCGAAGCCUCGGUACUACCACAAUGGAGACUCUUUUUUGUUGUGUGAUGAUGAGCGAGCUAUGGAUAUUGAUAUCUGUCCAAUAUGUCUGAAGCUAAAGCUUGUUUAUGACUGCCCCACACAAAAGUGCCAAGAAAAAGGGCGUGAGCAAUGUAGGGCUUGUGAUGUUUGCAUUGCUAGAUGUGUACAGUGUGGACGUUGCAUCAAGAACAAUAAGUAUAUGGAGACGUUUUGUUUUGAAUAUCUUUGUUCAGCUUGUUGGAAGCAGCCAGUCCAGUGUCAAGAGAUAAUGAAGGGAAUAGCCUGUUGAGACACAUUGCAUUAUCAAGUCAUUUGGCAUGUUGGAUUGUUUCUUAUUGAAAGAUUUCACUCAUCGGGUAGUGCUAGCAUGUCAUUGUGGCAGCAAGAAAAUUGGACUGGCGUUGCUAGAUUUGAAUUUGGUCAUGAGCAUGUGUGGCCAUGGAUUGGUAGCUGGUUGCUUCAUUCACUGUUCUUCUUGGUCGUUUGUUGUUGUUAGAAUGGGUAGGUAUCUUAGUUAUUGAGAACUUCACAUUAUCAAUAAAUCUUACUGUAGAAGUCUCGAUUCAAAUAUUUGUCUAUGCAAAUUCUCAGUCUAUCAUAAUAUGCCAAGAUAAUGUGAGACUUGUUGAUUUACUUUAUGUUGUUUGGAGUUUAUUGGUUA